AUGUCGGUUAUCGUGAAAAGGACUAUAAGAGGUGAAGCAUGGUGCGUGGUGGUUUUAUCUGUUAUCGCAAUGGUCAUUCUAGAAGUCACCGCACUAAAUGGACCAAAUGUCUGCAUGGUGAAACAGAAGUACAAUAUAACGAAGAGAGUGAAGUACCGAGCUCCGAUGUCUGUCAGAACUUAUGAAUGGUGCUUCUCCAUGCCACCGAGAUGCUCGAAGUGGAACACAGAGAUGAGAGACUUAACAAGACUUGAGACAGAAGAACGAACUGCAGAAGUAGCAGUAUGCUGUCCAGGUUACAAAAUGAGAGAUGUUUCUUGCGUACCAAUCUGUCCUAAUGGAAAGACAGGCCGCGGGUGUUUAGAAGAUUGUCCAGAUAACAAAUGGGGACCAAACUGCAUCCACGAAUGCCAAAGAUGUAAGAACGGUUUUUGUUCACCCAUAACCGGUGAAUGCGAGUGUCUGGAUGGAUGGCAAGGUGAGAGUUGCGACACAAGCAUGCCACCCACGAUUUCAACUACAUCAUUAGAAGAAUUACUAACAACACUCACUACUAAAACUUCAACCUUUAAAACAACACCUAAAAUGACAACUACUAGCACAGUUGCUAGUACAGUUGCUAGUGCUGUUGCUAAGACAGUUACAGUUGCUGAUGCUCCUACUGUAUUAGUAACCAUUCCAACAUCAAUUAAAUUGGACAAAAUAUCAACCAGUCCGUCAACAACUAAGCUAACAGCACCACAAGCAACUGUUGCUAGUACGUCAACAACAACCACUAUGGCCACCACAACAGUAACCAGCACUACAGGAAUGUUGAUUACCACAGAGAGAAAAGUUGAAAUGACAAAACCUACGGUUGCGACAACAGAAAUAACUAAAUUACCUACAACAUCCAACAUUACGAAGUUAAUCAUGACCAGCACAUUGAAAAGCAGUGCUGCUGCUGAGGAUAUUAAAGCGCAGAUAUUCUUUAAACCCCUUAGUACUACUACAGAAGCAACAGAUGUUAAUAAAUUAACAGAGCCCCGAAUAGCAAUAAAAGUUAUACAAAAUAUGAACAAGGAACAGGAAGAAGUUGUUACUCUCACAGAAACUCCAAAACCAAUAAUUACUUCCACAUCACAGAAAGAAAUUAUAUACAAAACGGAAACAACUAGAAAAGAAAUCAUAAGCAAAGGUAAUCCCACCACCCCAAAAUUUAAACCAAAAGAAAUAUGGAUUCGACCAGCUCAAAAAAGUGAAUCUCCUAUGGUAGAAACAAAGAUAAAAAUGAAUUACGACAUUCCUAGGUACAGAAGCGCUAAUAACAGAGAAGUGAUGCCAACCAGUACUACUCCGAAGACUAUAAUUGUCUCUAUAAUACCUACAUCUGUAUCUUACUCAACAUUUAAAAAGAUAGCUUUAACAGCUUCAUAUUUAUCUAGUAAGAAUAGUACAACUAAAAAAUCAUAUAAUAAAACAGAUUAUGGCUUAACCACUACACCAAUGUUGGCUGUAACACUAAAACCCUUGACAAAAUUGCGCACAUCAACAAAGAAAGCACUAUUUCCUAUAGCAAAUGAUACAAGUACUAAAAUACCAUUGAGUACGUCUGUAACUUCCAAAGUAACUAUAGUUACUCCAGAAACAAUGCCUUUGGGAAUAUUUGCAACUACACUUCCUAUUAAUAAAACUAACAGCAUGGUGACUGAAAAUAACAAGGGGACUUCAAUUUCUGUAACAGCUACUUCUAUUAAUAUAUUGCAUACUACACAGAAAUGGAAUGAUUUACUUACAAAUUUAACUAAUAACUAUCUCAAAAUUUCGACUACAAUACAUCCUACAACAGAAAGAACUACACAACAUUUUGAGAAACAAGCAACCUUUCGAAAAAAUGAGAAUACUUCUUCCGUAACAAAACAAUAUAAAACGACUAAUCUUCCAAAAGUUUUUGAAAAAAAUAUUACAACGGUAAAUGCUACUAAUAAUCACAUCAAAGUGACUACCGAUGAUCCUAUAGAUGAUGAAGAAUUUCAUAUUUUGACAGAGCCUGAACAUAUAACUGCAGUCAUGGGAGACAAAGGUACUGAGAGAUCAUCUGUUGACUUGAUAUCAGUGAUAAGUAUAGCAGGAGGGGUAAUGAUGGCUGUCAUCACAGUGGCAGUAGUUAUUGUAAUGAUAGAAAGGUGCAAGAAGCCAAGGUAUGAGGAUGUGAGAAAAAUUAAUGAUAUAAGAAUGCAAGUGAUGAUUGAUAACAAUGAUGUACCGCCGCCUUAUGUGAGGAGCAUCUUUCAUACACCACUUCCUGAGCCACCUGCAUCUGAAAAAUGUCACUACCAACCAAUAUCAACAUUAGACAGAAAUUUAAAACAAUUCAUGAGACCAGUCGUCGUACAAACGAUAUCACCUAUAAUGCUGGAAAAUUUCAGAGGAAUUUUAGAAUGUCACUAUGAUCAUUUGCCAAGGAGGAGCAAUGAUUUCGGAACGAUACAAACUCAGUCAUCAGCAGCGCCAUCUAUAAAUGAUUGUAAUGAACUACGACAGCUGCGAGCUAGUGUAACUGAGUCUGCAAUAGAAGCAAUGAAGUGUGAAGCUAAACUUGAUGUAAUAGAUAGCACCACUUCUGAGCCUUUAUAUGCCGAAAUUCCUUGUUGGAGACCUCCAUCAGAAUAUGCAAUUGAAAUUCUAAAUAUGAAUGGAGAAGCGUUAAAAAUGCAUUUCUUUCUACUAUGCACGAUAGUAAGUUGUGCCAUCGCAAGUCCACAAUAUGUUAAGAGUAGAUACUCAGGGGUCAAAGGCGGAUAUAACGGACCAAGUUAUCAGCAUGGAGAGAAUCUCAUAGGAUACAACAAUACGCAGCCUAAUUAUCCCGGAUACAAUGGAUACAAUAACACGCAGCCAGGUUUUGGCGUAUACUACCCAGGUAAUAACCUGUUGCAACCCUUUAACUAUGAAAAAGGAGUCUGUUAUAUUGAAGUUCCAACUGCAAGCCUUGCCAAGGAUCCUGCUCACGUCCCAGCUGGCAAUGGCUCCCGUGCUGACCUAAGUCGCAUUAGAACAUGUUGCAAGGGCUACAUCAAAAACAUACACAACUAUAGAAUUUGCGACCCGGUGUGUACCAACGAGUGUAUUAACGCUCUCUGUACCGAACCCGAGGUUUGCAGCUGCUUCCCACAACACGUGAAAAACUUGGCAGGAAUUUGCAUACCCACUUGUCCUAUUGGCUGUCAAAAUGGACAAUGUGCUGGAGGUGAAUGCAUCUGCAAGGAUGGGUACAGAUUAGACUCUGAAAGCAAGUUUUGUAUUCCCGUUUGCAGAGAAAAUUGUGGAGGAAUAGGUAAUUGCACCGCACCAAACACCUGUGAAUGCAAAAAAGGCUAUACGUCCAGCCCUCAGGGUUCAUGCAAGCCCCACUGCGAUCGUUGCGGUACUUUCUCUCAGUGUGUAGCCCCCAACGAUUGCCAGUGUCUCCCUGGAUAUUCAAAGAAUCAACAAGGUCAUUGUAUUCCACAAUGUGCUAAUAACUGCCUACCAAACGGAAGAUGUGUAGCUCCAAAUAAGUGCGACUACCCGAUUACCACUACAACUACAAUUAAACCCAUCGGCCAAUACCCUUACGGAGUACAUAAUGUGCCUCUAUAUCCUAAUGCCUACCCAAAUACAACAAGAGCUCCAAACUCUGCAGGCCAGCAAUAUCCUGGUAACCAACAAUCGAACUAUCCUGGAAAUCAACAAUCGUACUAUCCUGGCUAUCAACCAGGCCAAUCUUAUCCAGGCUACCCUAAUAAUCAGAAUUCAAACUAUCCUGCAAAUCAUCCUUCUAAUACCCCAGAUCAACAGACUAACAAACCCAACUCUCAGCCUAUAUAUUACAACCCUGGCCAACAACCUAACAACUAUCCUGGCAGUCAACAAGGCUAUUAUGACCAACAGCAUCCCGAUAACCCAGAUAAUCAACAAUCCAAUUCAAACCUACCUUCGGCUAAUUCUAACUAUCCCGCUGGACAAUAUUAUCCCACAAAUCAGUACCCCGGCAAUCAACACUACUAUCCGCAGUAUCCGAAUCAACAACAGGGUAAUAUCCCCAGUAACAACCAGUAUUCAACGUAUACCUCUCACCAACAAGGACAGCAAGUAUACCCAGAUAGUCAAGUUGAAAAUUUUGAGACAUUAUGUUCGAAGCCUUGUAUUAAUGGCAAUUGUAUCGGAACUGACAAAUGUGUUUGCAACGACGGGUACAUUCUCGAUGAAUCUGAUCCAGCAGUCAGUAGAUGUAAACCACACUGCGCAGGCGGUUGUCCUAAUGGAGUGUGUUCCUCCCCAAAUUUCUGUAUAUGCAACCAGGGAUAUUACAAGGACCACAGCGUAAAGGGCCGUGCUAACUGUGUCAAACGCAUUAGACGAUCUGCCCCCGUGGCAAAUGUCGCCGACCUCCUAGUCUUUGAAAUACCUGACUAUGAUAUUGAAUUGUGA